AUGGCUCACCCCCGAAACUUGCACGAACUCAGUCGAAAGUUAUGGCAUUUGCAAAGCCAGCCAGCCUUUGAGUAUGACCAAAGUGCUCCACUGGACGACGAGCUCGAAGACCAGUUCCGACAGCCUGCGACCGGCAAUGCUUGCACGAAUGUCAUGCCGCAAUCUUGCGGUUAUUCGCAACUUUUACAGUCUCGAAUGUCUUCGCGUUCUGCGGAUGAUAUACCGUCAUGCGGAGAAGUAGACUACAACUUGGAUGGAUAUACACAAUUCUCGCAGUUGGGUUGGCCUUCUCCACGACCCCGAAUAUACGAUUCACAAGUGACUACCGGGAUCGGCAGCCCACUUGCCCUGCCUUUGGAUUGGCAACGGGCUCCAUUUCGACAGAGUCAGAGAAGGCACGAUGUUCCCAAGCUCAGCAGGCAGCAUGUUGGUAUGUCUCCAACUCCGGGACAGUCCCAGCAUUCUCAGAUCCCGACCACAGGGUUGAAGCAUGUGGAAGAAAUGAUGAAUCAUCUGCCUUUUCCUAAUGUUUCCCCUGACCGAAACAGGUCGCCCGUUGCCUUUAACCAGUCUCAGUCUAGCAUGCGAGGUCCAUGCUACCAGACGUCCCGGAAUGGGCGGGUCACGUCACCAUCUAUUCCCUAUGAUGAAGCAGAUGAGCGACCAUCGCAAAGAGCAUGCGAGCGUCAACCACCACGGCAGAAAGAACAACUGUCCAUCAAUUUGUCCACCAAGCUUCUACCGCCAUCCAAAGUAACAUCCAAAACAACUCGGAGGCAGCAGAAGGCGCCUGUUGGUGCGGCGCACGCCAAGAAGGUCGGUGCACGAACUCAGGAAAACGGGCCUGUGAAAUCCUUACCGCCGAGAAGUCAGGUAAAGCUAAAAGUUGGACCAGGUUCCAGUUUGGGGAAAAACAAAGUGUGCACAGACGUCCUCCGGGCUCGGCGAAACCAAGACUCCAGAUGUACUCGAACCUUGCUGCCGCAGGUAGGACCCCCCAUCAAAAGCCUUUACUUAGUGCAGAGCUCGAUGGAUACUACUCCAGGUAUGGCGGUGGAGAUCAGGCUGCAUACGCCAGCGGCGAUCUUCCCUCCCGCAGUACGAUGUUGA